AUGAAACAGGGCCGUGAAAAUGCAAUUGUAGAGGAAUCGACAAAGUUCAAUUUCAACCUUUCGCCAGCUUCCGUUUCAACAAUUUCCGUCUUAAAUUGUACCACUCACUCACAAUUUUGCUCAGGUUUUGGGUGUUGA